AGUUUAUUACUAUUCUGUGGUAUUAGUGUAUUACACAAAAGAUUUCUUAUCGCCUAUCGGCCCGCAUCAGCUGCCGCUCUGCCACAACAACACUACAACGUCGAUCCCUUUUUGGCGGCGGGUAAGGGGGGUAAUAACUCACAGAUAAUAGAUAUUAUGUUGUUGUAGAUACUAUUUUUAGAAUAAUUUUAGACUAAAUAUUGAACAUUUUCAGUGCUAUCGUGUAUUUGUUUGCGGUACUGCCGGUACUGUAGGUAGUAUUUACUAUUUUACUGGUAUCUUAUCUCAAUCAAAUUAUAGAACUACCUUUAUUAUAUUAUACUUAUUUCACUAUUGCGGACAUUACGUUACGUUGUUGCUCAUAACUCAUAAGUCAUUAGUUUCAGUGUAACUUAUUUCUUAGUUUUUACAUAUUGCAUAGUACAUAAUGCAGCUAUAACAGGCGUUUACGUGCUGCUGUUUUACUUUUUUCAAUGGGCAAUUCAAAAAAAUCACAUAAAAGCGGAAGUGCUAAAAGAAAAAAGAAGGAGAAAGAUUUGCUGAGAAAGGAAGCACAAAACCCCGAUCAAAAAAAAUUAAAUUUUGUAAAAUCAAAUGUCAAUGCUUUAAAGCAAUACAAUGAAAAAAUUCAAGUUAAUACAGUUGAAGACAUUGAAAAUGUUGAUACCAUCACAACAGUUGGAACCUGUUCAAAUAUUGAUAACGGUGACAGUGAUCUUAAAAAAUAUUACAGUACUGUUAUUGAAAAUGAAAGAGAAAAGCUGAAUAGUGAUGAUGAUGUCAAUGCUUUAAAGCAAUACAAUGAAAAAAUUCAAGUUAAUACAGUUGAAGACAUUGAAAAUGUUGAUACCAUCACAACAGUUGAAACCUGUUCAAAUAUUGAUAACGGUGACAGUGAUCUUAAAAAAUAUUACAGUACUGUUAUUGAAAAUGAAAGAGAAAAGCUGAAUAGUGAUGAUGAUGUCAAUGCUUUAAAGCAAGACAAUGAAAAAAUGCAAGUUAAUACAAUUGAAAAUAUUGAUACCAUGGCAAUAGUUGAAACCUGUUCAAUUGUUGAUAAUGAGGUUAGUGAUAUGUUUAUAAAACCUAGAAGUAUUAAUGUUACAAGCUUUUGGUCAUUCCAUCCUCAUCAACCAAAAACAGACAUUCCAUUCAGACCUUCAAAAUUGUACAAACGUAAGGAUGGAGGUCAUCGUAAAUGGGUAUCUUAUUGUGUUAAGAAAAAAGCUAUAUAUUGCAAUAUAUGUCUUUGUUAUGGUGAUGGUUCUGGAUCAUUUUCCAAAGGUUUUUCUAUCUGGAGGCAUGUAUAUGAACGAGUGAGUGAGCAUGAAGAAACAAUAACACACAAAUUAAAUGUUGAUGCUCAUCUGAUGAAAAAGCAAUUUUCCUCGGUGGAUUCACUCUUAAUAGACGGGCUUGGUUCAAUAAGAAAAAUACAAGUUGAAAACAAUAGAAAUGUAUUACUUCGUCUUAUUGAUGUGAUAAAGUUAAUUGGAAAGCGCGGACUAAGUUAUAGAGGUAAAACAAAUGAGGCUGCUUAUUCACUUGAUGAUUCUUCUUUAGACCAUGGGAAUUUUUUGGAAAUAACUUUACUUAUUAGUAAAUAUGAUUCCCUGCUUAAAUCCCAUUUAGAUAAAGUUGUAAAAAAAAGUUUAAAAUGUCAUAAUGCUGGAGCCCAACAAGGAGGAGGUCAAGUUACUUUUUUAUCAAAAACUACAAUUAAUUAUAUUCUUGAAAUUAUCGCUAAAAAUAUAAAAUUUACCAUUUCUAAUGAAGUAAAAGACGCUGUAAUAUAUUCUGUACAACUCGAUACAACACAAGAUAUAUCUGUUACUGAUCAAUGCUCAAUAAUAUUAAGAUACGUAAAUGGUACAUCUGUCUUCGAAAGAUUAGUUGGCAUGGUAAAGUGUAGCUCAAGUAAAGGCUCUGAUUUUGUUGAGUUACUCUUAAAUGUUCUUAAAGAUAUGAAUAUAGACCCAAAAUGCUGUAUAGGGAACGCGACAGAUGGAGCUGCAAAUAUGCAGGGAGUCUAUAAUGGAUUUUCUGCAAAAAUGAGCGAAGCAGCAGUUGAACAAGUACACGUAUGGUGCUAUGCACAUGUAUUGAAUUUAGUAAUUAGUGAUAUUACAAGCAAAAUUGUCCAAUCUAUUUCUUUGUUUGGUAUCUUGCAAGGAUGUGCAGUGUUUAUACGUGAGUCAUAUAAACGUAUGGACAUAUGGACAACCAAAAAUUCUAAAAAAAAAAUAUGUACAAUCGGUGAAACAAGAUGGUGGUCCAAAGAUGCAGCAUUAACAAAGGUUUUUGGAAAUUUUAAUGAACCCAGAGAUGGAUUGUUUGUUGAUCUUAUAACUACCUUAGAUGAAAUUGAAAACAAUUUAGGUAUAACUCCAGAUGCUCGAUUCAAGGCAAAAACUUUAAAAGAAGGCUUGUUAAAAUAUGAAACUAUUUUAACUGCCCAGAUGUACUUGCGAAUUUUUAAAAAAACCACCCCUCUAUCAAAAUAUCUACAAGGGCAUGGAGUUAAUAUAAUUGCAGCUUAUCAAAUGGUGAAACAAACUCUAAAUGACUUGCAAGAUUGUGCCCGCCAGUUUCAUAGUAUUAAAGAAGCAGCCAAUACUUUUGUUGAAUAUACCAAUAAAAAGUUUGAUGAAAUGGAGAAUAAUACUAUAGAAGUUCUAAAUGAGUUACCUCAUAAUAGAAUAAGAAAAAGAAAAAGACAAUUUACUGACUAUGAUUCAAUAGAUGAUCCUAUUAUAGAUCCAUUACGUGCAUAUGAAAUCAAUGUUUACAACCUAGUGUUUGAUACUGUCAUUGAAAGUAUUUCAUCAAGAUUUGAAAAACAUGAACAACUAUGUGCCGAUUUUUCUUGUCUCGAUCCAAACAAUUUUCAACCAGAUUUACCACUUCCAACAAAUGCUUUAGUAAAAAUAUAUGAAAAAAUCAGAAAUUUUAUACCGGACAUAACUUAUGAUGAUUUUAGAAAUGAAUAUGUUGAUUUUACAUCUAAAUGGAGAGAGUUGAAAAAAACCAUUGCUUGUGUUUAUGAUGAACUAAAUAAUCAAGUUCCUGAUGAUGGUAAUGAUUCUGAAAAUGGAUACAAGAGUGAUGAUGAUAUUAUAGUAUGUGUGCAUAGUUCCAGUGCCAAGUAUUGUGUUACAUGCUGUUUUGAAGUGUUGGUGAAAUAUAAUUUAUACGCAAAUACAUAUCGUGGACUCCAUUUUGCAUAUAAAUUUAUGCUUACUUUAUCCAUUACACAAGUAGAAUGCGAACGUACAUUUUCUAAAUUAAAAUUUGUAAAAAAUUAUUUAAGAAAUACUAUAAGUCAGAAUGUAUUAGAGAGUAUGUUGUUAAUGAAUGUAGAAAAAGAUAUUCUCAAUAAAAUUGAUUCUGAAGACAUCAUUAAUAAAUUAGGAGCUAAGAGCCUAGAUACGUUGAAAAAUUUAAUGCCUUUAUCUGAAGAGCAUUUCACAGCUAUGCCCAUUGUUGCAAGUAUCAAAAUGAUACAACCUGAAUCCGAUGAAGAUGAUACAUGA